AUGACCGUUCCGUUCGUGUCCAGGCUCAUCAUCAACCAAGGUUGCCUCUUCCGUUUCAUCGAACUUGACUACAACCAGCUCGACCUCACGGUGUGUCGACCAUAUCCACCUUUGGAUGUGCGCAGAUUUGCAGCCAAACCAAAGGGAACCUCAAAGCUGGCACACCCUAGCAAACUCGUCUUAAGCGUGUUUUUACGGGCCAUCAUGAAGUUUCCGCUUGAGGCGCUUCGCCAAUUCUUCGUUGCCGCUUCGUUGCCCCCUAGAAGAUGGAGAGAGGUGCCUUUCCUCACAAAACGGGGAGAACUCAGAUUCUGUGGCUACUUGCCCAGUGGCCACGCUAUGGUGUACAACUACGACGCGGCGUGUAAGUUGUUGGAGGCAGGCGGCAACGUUUCCUCCAACGGCAACGGUAACGUUGAAAGUGAAGCGCUGGCGGGUCCUGAUCUUUGGCCAGGCGAGGGAACAGAAGUGAGAGAUUCUGAAGAUAUGUUUCCCAGCUUCAGCAAUCGAUACCCGCUGGAGCCAUUGACGCCGCUUUUCAGCGAGUUCUUUGAAGCGUCUUCGUUGCACAAGCCCAUAUUUUGCGGACCGGCACCUCCAGCGUGGAACAUCUACCCAAACGAGUCGGUCCAAUUUGGUCGCGUUCAAAACACCUUCCGUUUGCUGUCGAAGAUUUUGAAAGACGCCAAGGCAAUUGCAGAGACUGCUACGGAGACACGCAGAUCUCAUUCCGAGAAGCAGGAGGUAAUGGAGAAAUCAGAGGAGGCUUCAAAUGAUACUUCAGAAGCGCCAAGAGCAACUGUAGAGCCCGAUAUAUCAGAAGAGGCUCCAGGCGAUAUUUUGGAGGUUCCAGGCGAUACAUUGAAGGUUCCAGGAGAUACAUUGGGGCCGUUGGGUGAUACAUUGGAGCCUUUGGGCGAUGUGUUGGAGGCGUUCAGAGCUCUCAAGAAGCUGGGGAGAUUGCUGAAGGAUGCAUUGGAUGUGUUGACGGGCUUAAAAGAUAUCGUGGAAGAACAGCGGGCAAAAGAGGCCCCAAUGGUCGCAGAGCUGGGCGUUGGUGAGGAACCGGAAGCCCCAGAGGCUUCUAUGUUGAUUACUAAGAGUAAGAAAAAGAGGCAGAGGAAGCAGAAAAAGCAGAAAGCGGUGGUUACUAAGGCUACAACUUCAGAGAGUGUUCUAGUUGUUGCAGAGGCCACAAACGGUUCUCUGUUGGGAUGUGCUGAGCAAGAGACUACCAAGGCAUUGUCCAGGAAAGUUCGCUCUUCUUCUGAAAGUAGUGGUGAGACUGACUAUUUCGAGGAUGCCAGUGAGCCUCAGACCACGUUGGCGUCGCCUGUGUUGAUAGAGGACGUGGAGAAGAAGUUGUUGCAGAGCACAGGCCAUGAAGACUACGUCAUGGCCGCCGACGGUGUUGAUAUGACGGAUGAAGCCGUGAUUCUCUUGUAA